CACAUUGUUUACAGACAAGGCUCAGUAGACCAAAUUAAGAAGACUAGAUGCAACUGGACUGUGCGGCUGCAUGACUAAGAAGAUUAGUCAGAAGAUUUACCUACCAAGCAGUCACCGUUCACACAGACUUGGUGCAUAGCAACAGGUCAGUGAGCCCUGAGCGCCACAUUAGCAUUCACCAUGGACUUGGACAAAUUCAUUGAACAGAAAUGAGAGCUACCAUUUCCUCAUGACUGCACAUGUUUGUUUGCGGUUGAGCUUCUGGCAAAGAAUACCACAAUGUGAGGUAAACAUGCUUCAACAUGACAGAAUAUAUGCUGUGGACUGCGUUUACAUGGACGUUCAAGGGGAUACUGUGCACCUGCAGGUUCCUUUGGAUAUGCCCAUACAAUGCAAUCAAAUUUUUGCCAAGGGAACAACACAUGCCACAACAACACAACACGAGACGACAGCUGAAGCAACCUGUGGGUUCGGAAAGUAAAGCGAUUGCAGCCAUACCAGGUAGCCCCGACCGCACGACUACCCUUCAAAAAAGGCUAUCCAAAACCGAGAAAGAGCUACUGUCAAUCAAGACCAGGAUUGCCUGUGAGAGAGCAUCAUGGGAAAGGAGGUUUGCAGAGCUGCAGAGACAACAGGAAGUGCUACAUAAUCAGCUGGUCUCUCAGGUUGGAGUGAUGGGGAAAGAGGGCAGUUGUGAUGACCACGGAGAGUCAGGAGCAGACAAUGGAGUAGCGUUUGAGCCGUGUUCAAGUGAUCUCUCAAGAAUGAUGUACCAACACAGGGGAUCUGAGGUGUCAUCAAGCAGUGACACUAACAUAAGCAGUUUGUCAGGCAGUCAGUUAUCCUCAUCAUCGGUACUGAGCUCAAGAACUGCCUUCUCCUCAUGCUCAGCCACCAGUACGAGGUCAUGGAGAACAUCCCAAGGGCCUCACCGAGCCUUUGUACCCCAUUCCCCAAUGGACCUGGAGCUCGGUCACCAGGUCAGGAUUAUGCUGCCGUCUGGUCGGAUCAGCACAGGGACUAUUCGUUUCCUGGGCUACCUGCAGGGGGAGGCAGAACUCCAACUUGGGGUGGAGCUGCAGACACCUGAUCCUGGAUUGCAUGACGGCAGCCACAAGGGAUACAGCUACUUUGAAUGCAAGCCUGGCUAUGGUGCCUUUGUACCAUUCCACAAGCUACUGAUGGUCUGGGAAUGACAAGCGCAGACUAUCAUGUAGAGCUGCCCAUUUGGAUGCACAGAA